UUCAUGUACGAAAAACGACUACCACCCAACCGCCGCAGUAGCAGACAUCCAUGGCGUCUGCAACUCUCCUUUCUCUCCCAUCAUCGCUCAAUCUUCUCAAGCCUUCAAAACCUCUUCUCUCUCGAAGAAUCCCAAAGUCCAGAUUCCCGCUCUCUUCCUUUACGCUUUCCCGCCAGAACUCGCCCCCUUUCCCGCUAUAUUCACCCUCUUUCCCGCCACGCUCUUCCACAACCCGAACACCCCGCGGCAUUCGGGCCGCUUACAUCUCCGCUCCUGCUUCCGAUCCGAAUGUCGGCAGCGUCGAGAAAGACCCGACCGCCGCGGAGUCAGAUUCUGCGGCUGCUGUUGGAUCUCCGACUCUGAUAAGCUGGGGGGUUAUUUGGAGUCUCUUGGCUCAGCACAAGCUGAGGCUUGCAGUUGCGCUCGCAUCUAUGAUCGGCUGCACCACUUGCACGCUCUCGAUGCCGAUCUUUACAGGGAAGUUUUUUGAAGUACUCAUAGGGGCAAGACCAGAGCCUUUACGGAGACUACUUACACAGGUUGGAGUUCUAUAUGCUAUGGAGCCAGUUUUCACUGUCAUUUUUGUCAUAAACAUGAAUUCUGUAUGGGAGAAGGUGAUGGCAACCUUGAGGGCUCAGGUUUUCAGAAGGAUACUGAUACAAAAGGUGGAGUUUUUUGACCGAUACAAGGUUGGUGAACUGACUGGCUUGUUGACAUCUGAUUUGGGUUCUCUUAAAGAUAUUGUGAGUGAAAACAUUUCAAGGGACCGCGGACUUAGAGCAACCUCUGAGGUUGUAGGAACAAUAUGCAUACUGUUUGUACUAUCAUCUCAGCUUGCUCCAGUUCUGGCGCUGUUGAUGCUUUCUGUGUCCCUUUUAGUUGCUUUAUACAAGCGGUCUACUGUACCCAUCUUCAAAUCUCAUGGGAUUUCCCAGGCACGCCUAUCUGAUUGUGCAAAUGAAACACUUUCAGCUAUUCGUACUGUGAGAUCCUUUGGUGGUGAAAAGCGUCAGAUGUCAAUGUUUGGUAGGCUGGUUCUUGCUUAUCAAACCAGUGGAACAAAGCUUGGAACUUUAAAGUCUGCAAAUGAAACGCUGACUAGAGCUAUGGUCUAUGUUUGUUUGUUGGCUCUUUAUUGUCUUGGUGGGAGCAGAGUGAAGGCGGGUGAAAUGCCAGUUGGGAUCAUGGCUUCUUUUAUUGGAUAUACCUUCACAUUGACAUUUGCUGUUCAAGGGGUUGUUAACUCACUCGGCGAUCUUCGUGGGACCCUUGCUGCUGUUGAACGGAUUAAUCAUGUUUUAUCUGGGGCAGAAAUUGAUGAGUCACUUGCUUAUGGUUUAGAAAGAGAACUCCAUAAAAAAGAACUGGAUGAUGACAGUCUCAGAUUAUUCUACAACAAUGCGUCUGCUGAGAUGAAUCAAGUACUAAAUGUGCAUUCUGUGUCAGGGUUGAAAUCAGCUAUCAAUGGUUGUAAUGUAGCUUGGUCUGGCGACAUUUGUCUUGAAGAUGUGCACUUCUCUUAUCCUCUGAGGCCUGAUGUAGAAGUCUUAAGUGGUAUGAACUUAAUGCUAAAAUGCGGAACGGUAACAGCACUUGUAGGACCUAGUGGUGCUGGGAAAAGCACAAUUGUACAGCUCUUAGCACGCUUCUAUGAGCCAACUAGAGGUCGUAUAUCAGUUGCAGGAGAAGAUAUUCGUACAUUUGAUAAGAGUGAAUGGGCUCAGGUUGUCUCCAUAGUAAAUCAGGAACCUGUCCUUUUCUCCAUGUCCGUUGGAGAAAAUAUAGCAUAUGGCUUACCAGAUGAGAACGUCUCUAAAGAUGAUGUAAUAAAGGCAGCCAAAGCUGCAAAUGCUCAUGAAUUCAUAAUUUCCCUUCCACAGGGUUAUGACACUCUAGUUGGUGAGCGUGGAAGCCUGCUGAGUGGAGGACAGAGGCAGAGAAUUGCGAUUGCCAGAGCUCUUCUUAAGAAUGCUCCGCUUCUGAUCCUUGAUGAGGCUACCAGUGCUUUAGACACAGUCAGUGAGCGGCUGGUUCAAGAUGCUCUCAACCACCUAAUGAAGGGGAGGACGACAUUGGUGAUUGCUCAUAGAUUAAGCACUGUGCAGAAUGCGCAUCAAAUCGCAGUUUGUUCAGAUGGGAGGGUCAUGGAGCUAGGCACCCACUUUGAGUUGUUGGCUAGGAAGGGUCAAUAUGCUUCAUUGGUCAGCACUCAAAGGCUUGCAUUUGAAUGAUUCUGAAUUGUGGUUUUAUCGGAAAGUGGCCAGAAGAACUGCCAACUCAACACUUGAGGUUUUGAGUAUUAAAUAACUUCCAGCAAGCUUUGACAAUCUGAAAGCAGAAGACUCUGAUUGAACAUCGGAAAGGAUAUUAUAUCAGCAGGCAUAUAGAAUUCAAGCUGCAUAUUUUCUUCGUAUCCUUCUUGAAAUGGUGGAAUACUCCGUUGCAAUUCAUAAUCGCAGUUGUGCCGUGAGAACCAGUGUCUGGAUUGCAUUGAAGGAUGAGCAGCAGAAUCUUUCAGGCCAGCAUAUACCAAGAAAAUAAAAAGGUUUAUUUCAAUGUAUUUUAUUUACUAACUGAAAUCAAUUUUUAUACGUGUACCAUGCCAUACUUUGUCGUUGUAAUCAUCCCAAUUGGGAUGUAUACAUCCAUUAUCUACAAGAAAUCGCUGGGUCGAUGGUUCAAAGAAGAAA